UGAAGAAAAAGGACCAUCUGCGGAUCCUGGUUUGAUCAGAACACGGCUUGUCCGCUUGCUGGUUCCCCCACUGCUUCCCGCGUGCUUCUCUCAAGAGUCCAACUUCUUCUUGUCUUCUUUUCCCCACACAGCCCAGAUUGAAGUGAUCCCCUGCAAGAUCUGCGGAGACAAAUCUUCCGGGAUCCACUACGGGGUCAUCACUUGCGAAGGAUGCAAGGGUUUCUUCCGACGCAGCCAGCAAGGGAACAUGACCUAUUCUUGUACUCGGCAACAAAACUGUCUGAUCGACCGCACCAGCCGCAACCGCUGCCAACAUUGUCGCCUGCAGAAAUGUCUCAGCCUUGGCAUGUCCCGUGACGCUGUCAAAUUUGGCCGGAUGUCGAAGAAGCAACGAGACAGCCUCCACGCCGAAGUCCAGAAACAGCUGCAGCAGCAGCAACAACAUCAAGGCGGAGAGAGCUCCACCUUCUCCUUGGGCAUGGCCAACGGUCAACUCAAGCUGGACCCUUCUCCAGAUCUCCGAGAAGGCUCCCCUGCACUCCUCACCAGACAGACCCGCCUUAGCCAGUCUCCAGAUGAGACGGCGGGCUUGGCCUACUCUAACGGACUCCCCAAGGCGCAGAUACUCCUGGGUGAGGACCAGCAGGACUUCUUCAAGAAAGGGUAUGGUCCUGGGGUCAUCAAGGUAGAACCCAGGACCAGCGGCUAUUACGCUAUGGAGAGGCAGGCGUCACCAGACCUCCUGUCCCCGAAUGUCACCAGAGCAGAUCACACAGCAGCCAGAGAGACCCUUGACGUCUAUGCCAACCCAAGCUUCACCGGCUACUUGGAGUGCCCGCAUCCUUCGCUAACGGAGAUUGAGCACUUAACCCAGAAUGUCCUCAAGUCCUACCGGGAGACGUGUCAGCUUCGCUUGGAAGACCUCCAGCUGCUGAGGUGGGAAACCUUCACCCGAGAAGAAAUUGGGAGCUACCAGAAGAAGACUAUGGAGGAAAUGUGGGAACGUUGCACCUGCCGCAUCACGGAAGCCAUCCAGUAUGUGGUGGAGUUCGCCAAGCGAAUGGGGGGCUUCAUGGACCUUUGCCAGAACGACCAGAUCGUGCUUCUCAAAGCAGGUGCCAUGGAGGUGGUUCUGGUGAGGAUGUGCCGAGCCUUCAAUUCUGAGAACCGGACAGUCUUCUUUGAGGGCAAAUACGCUGGCCCAGAAGUCUUCAAAUCUCUAGGUUGCAGCGAACUGAUCAACUCCAUCUUCGACUUCACACACAGCCUGUGUUCGCUCCACUUCUCCGAGAACGAAAUUGCUCUUUUCACAGCCUUGGUGUUGAUCAACGCAAAUCGCCCGUGGCUGCAAGAGAGAAGCAAAGUGGCCUAUUUGCAAAACAACCUCGAAGUGGCCUUCAGACAGAUGUUGCAGAAAAAUCACCGGGAAGGCAUUUUGGCAAAGUUGCCGCCCAAAGGAAAGUUGCGAAGUCUCUGUUCCCAGCACGUGGAGAAGCUCCGGUCCUUCCGCCAGACCUACCCCAUGUUCGUCCACACGGUUUUCCCACCGCUGUACAAAGAGCUCUUCAGUUCAGACUCCGACCCGCUGAUCCAGGGGCCCACAGGGGUGUAACCCUCCCCUCCCCACAAGCUGAGGAGGCGUCGCCUCGCGGUCCCCUGGAAGCCAGGCGCGAAACGAAGAAUUGGCUCGAGGGAAGCAGUCAACAAAGAGAGCCGGCGAGAGUGGACAAGGAGUGGGUCAUCGCUCGACUGUCCUCAUUUUGGGGGAGUCCCACUUCAUCCUGGAAGAAAAACAAGCCAGGGUCACCUGUCUCCCCCCCCCCCUCGGAGGGACCCCUCAAAGUGUUCCAGUUUACGUUUAAGGGUUUAGCUGCCAUGGAGGCAAGAAGCAGUAAGUGGGGGAUUGUGCGAGACAGAGAAAUCCACCCUGAUACAGAUUUGUGGGAAGGCAACGCUGGAUACCGCAAACACGCUCGGCCGAUGCCCCAAAAUACCUCAUUUGUGCCAUUUUAACGGCAAGAGACUUGGCC